CGAAAACCGGAAAACGAAAAGGAGGAAACCAAAAAGCGGUUUCCAUUUUCCAUAUACUCUUUUUAUUUCCGAAAAAAACAAUAUCGGCCGAAGCGAAGCGGGGAUAAAAACGGAAGAAGGGAGAGAGGAAAAUGCAGUUGAAGUUGCAGAGAGAGAGAGAGGCCCAGGAACUGAAAAGCGAAGUACCAGUUACAAAACUUUCUCCUCCUGAAGAUUCAACCCCCGCCCUCCGAGGACGCGAAGGGUUAGGAGUUCUGGAUUCAGGUUUCCAAUGGGUGAUGAUGACAAUGGCAUAGAGGGAGGGAAACCUGUCUUGGCCAGCAACCGCGAUGCCGAGAGUUCUUGUUUGAGGGGUGGGAAAAUGAGUAAUGGUUUUGCCAAUGGCCACGAUAGUGAUGUGGCCGAAGGGAGUUCAGGCGGUAGUGAGUGUGUUCGGACUUACAAGAGGCGAAAACAAGUGAAAUUGGAAAGUAAAAGUGGAGAGGAUGAGAGAGCUACCUCGGGAGCUUCAACUAUUUCGGCAAACCAGAUUUUAAGGGAACCAAUAGCUGGAGCUUCAGAGUUUCACGUAUCUGAGCAGCUUCAUGUUCCUUCUGCGGUCCAUCAUGCUGUUGAAAAUGAUCGCAAUGAGCACUCACAGAGCCAAUGCAGUAGCAUUGUGUUGGAGCACAUAUUCCAGUCGUUGAGUGAUGAAGGUGGUAUAGGACGGUGCAUCCAAAAUGCCCUGGCGCGUCAUGCUACAGAAAUUGAUAAUAUGAAAGUCAAGGAUACUCAGUUGAAAGAUCAGUAUAGGCUGGGCACCUCUACCCAAGCUACAGGGAUGCAGAAUGGAAUUGCUGCCAAGGGUGCCGACCUUACAUCUAAGGCCUCUAUGAAUGGAUCUAAUCAUGAGAUGAUCACCGAACUGAGUCAAUGUGCAUUUUACAACAUAAUAAUUUCAGGAAAGUUCAGCCAAUUAUGCAAGCUUCUCUGUGAAAACUUUCCAGAAACAAAGAUUGACAGGGUGUUGGAUUUUCGCCUCAUUAACUCACGGAUGAAGGAGGGAGCUUAUGAACAGUCCCAAGUGCUUUUCUCUUCGGACAUGUUACAGGUUUGGAGGAAGCUUGAAGAGAUUGGCACCGAAUUAGCUUCUUUGGCAAAGAGUCUCACUGACAUAUCUAAGGAGUAUUGCAAAUAUGGGGCAAAUGCAGACAAAAGCUCUUCUGAUGGUGGAAAAUUUGAGGUCUCUGGUAGGAAUACUCUCGUUGAUGCUAAAUUGGAGCAAACAGAGGAAUGUGGUGCAUAUAAUGUUAGCAUCUGUCGGCAUUGUGAACUGAAGGCAGAUGGAAUGGAAUGUUUAGUUUGUGAUUCAUGCGAGGAAAUAUACCAUGUCUCUUGCAUUGAGCCUGCAGUGAAAGAGAUUCCACCUAGAAGUUGGUACUGUGCUAGUUGCACGGAAAGUGGAAUCACGUCUCCUCAUGAGAACUGUGUUGUCUGCGAGAGAUUGAAUGCUUCCAGGAGUGCCGUCAAUGGGUUUGCUGAUGAAGAAGCUCUUACCACGAUGGAAGAUGCAAAUUGCAGCUCAGAUUUGGGGAUUAACCCAUUUGAAGAGACCCAAAUCUCGAGUACCUGCAAAAUAUGCGGGAACGAGAUUGAAAACGGGGAUAAGUUCAGGAUGUGCGAGCAUCCUUUUUGUCCCAGUAAGUAUUAUCAUAGGAGGUGCUUGACAACUAAGCAGUCGAAGUCUUACAGUUCCCGUUGGUACUGUCCUUCUUGUUUGUGUAGAGCCUGCCUCACAGAUCGAGAUGAUGAUAAGAUUGUUUUGUGUGAUGGUUGUGAUCAAGCUUAUCAUAUCUACUGCAUGAAACCGCCACGCACCUCAAUUCCAAGGGGAAAAUGGUUUUGUAGAAAAUGUGACGCUGGGAUUCAAGCAAUACGCAGGGCAAAGAAGGCAUAUGAGAAUAUUGAAAAUAAACAGAGGAGGAAAGUUGUAGAGAACGGGGAAUGCCGGACACCGGACAAGAAGCCAAACGAGAAAGGUGAAGAGGAUACGGACAAAGGUAGAGGUGGAAUGGACAUGCUUUUAAUUGCGGCCAACACUCUAAAUUACGAGGAGAAAUUGGCUGGUGUAGAGAUGAAUUGUUGAGAACUUGAUAUGGUUGACUUUGUCUCGGGAGGAGCAGUAUCAUUGAUUGAGUCGUAGUUUUGUAACUCUAGCAACCAAUUUUCUGAAAAUGUGCAUUUAGGAUGAUCAGUGAUAUUCAGGAGUUUUUGUGGGGUCUUGCUGACUUCUGGUUGCGCAACAUUGGGUGGCAUAUCAUUGUGAAAGCUGUGCAUUAUCUGACAGUAGCUCUCAAUUCAACGACAACGGAAUAUGAAGGUGAUGAGGAAAUAGUGCUAACUCUUUUGUUGUUUUUGUUCUAGCAACAGCUGUUGUAGUUUCCGAAGCUUGUACCCUGUUGUGCAUUUAGUUGUACCAUGAUAGCAUCAAAAAGCUGAUUACUCCCUGAGAUAUGUUGUAACAGAAUAACUGUCCAGCUACAUUUUUUCCUUCAACAUCAAGAAGAGUAAGCUCUUUUUUUUCCCC